AUGAAGAAUGUCACGGCUAAUGAUGUGGUGAAAUUCGUCAAGGAGCAUAUUGUAUACAGAUUUGGUAUUCCUCAGACGAUUACUAUCGAUCAAGGGACGGUUUUCAUGGUAGAGGAAUUCAAGAAGUUUACCAAGGAGAUGGGCAUAACUCUGAUCCAAUCGUCUCCGUAUUACGCGCAGGCCAAUGGGCAGGCUGAAGCAUCGAACAAAAGCCUGAUCAAACUAAUCAAGCGCAAGAUCGAUGAGUACCCGAGGCAAUGGCACGAGCAUCUAGCGGAGGCAUUGUGGGCGUAUCGGAUGUCUUGCCAUGGGUCCAUCAAGUGCGUACCGUAUCAGUUGGUCUACGGACAGGAAGCCAUGAUGCCUUGGGAGAUCAACAUCGGCUCUAGGCGUGUUGUGCUGCAAGAUAGAAUAUCAGCCGAUGAGUACUCCUCUCUCAUGAACAUCAACACGGAAGAUCUCACAGAACUUCAGCUUUGGGCUCUGGAAAAGAUCCAGGAGAAUAAGGCAAAGGUCGCCAGAGCUUAUAACAAAAAGGUUAGGCCGAAGAAUUUUCAAGUUGGUGAUCUCGUCUGGGAGUUGGUUUUGCCGAUUGGAAGUAAAGACCCGGGGAGUGGUCACCCAAUUGGCAUGGUCCCUAUCGCAUAG